AUGUUGCCUCCUCUUCGAGGUGGUAAACUUAGAGGAGAACCUAGAGAUGGGGGCAAAGUUCUAUUUGGAUAUCCUGGAUCGUGGGCUCAUUGCAUUAGUGAGACAAUCGAUCAUAAGGAUGUCGCACGUCUUUUCCGGCACCAAUCUUCUUUCAAGAAAAUGGAGUUGUGGCCGCUAGAAGGUGAAUGUGCAAGAUUUAGAGAUUUGGUUGAAAACUCAGGUUUAUACAAUGUCAUUCUGAACUCUGUGAUUGCGUAUGACAAGGUCACAAUAUCUAGUUUAUGUGAAAGGUAUCACGCUGAAGUCGACACAUUCCAACUUCCUUUUGGUGAGAUGGUGAUAACUCCUGAUGACGCAGAACAGAUAUUAGGGUUGCAGGUCGAAGGCAAAUCAACCGGUGAGAAGUUCAAGAGAAGGCCUAGUUGGGAAGACAUUUAUACAUGGACCAAGAACUUGUUUGGCUGGGAUUCCGAGAAGACUAAUGGGCUUUUCGAGAAGGGACCUAAGUACCCGAAGAAAGAGUUCAAACUUGUAGAUAUUAGGAACAUGUAUUAUGGGACAGAAAAGAAGGAAAAAGAAGGAGGUCUCUCUGAUAUGGAAUGUCGCUAUGCGGCGGCUGGGUACCGGGUGAGCGCCAACCUUCUUCAGCUUUUGGAUCCCUUGGAAGAUGUGAGCAAGUACUCUUGGGGGACUGCCAUAAUUGCACACCUGAAUGGUCAGCUUUCUCCGGGAUCUCGCAAACUAACUUCUCAAAUUAAUGGGAAUUUGGCUCUAAUCCAGGUGUGGAUUUAUGAUCAUAUCCCAUCACUGAUCAAAGAUAAUGAAGAUGUGGAACUCAACCCACAAUGGAGCAAAGGUAGUCCAACGGGAACCAAAUACUUGUUCACUGGUUCUCAAGAUAGGGAACAAACUGAUGCGUUGAUACAAAUGCGUCAAAAACUUGACAACAUCACGGCUAAAGAGGUAGUCUUCAAUCCGUACAAGAAUAAUAGAGUUGGCGCAAUGGAAGAUGUCGUGUAUUACCAUGGCCCUUUGUUUCACCCUAAAGGUUUUUCAAUGUACAAUCCGAUAAGAAUCAUGCGUCAACUUGGUUUUAUUCAAGAUUCACCCGAUGAGGAUUAUGUACCUCCGUUCAAGCACAAGUUGGAAAAGUACGAGGCUGACGAAGCGGGUAUAAAUGUGGCUUAUGAACCUGAAGUUGAUGUCAAGCAUUGGAAUGAUAGACACUCUAGGCUUGUAGACAUCUCAUGGUGGGUGCAUGCGGAUGAAGGUCAUGAGGCAACACCGGAUUACGUCGAAUGGUAUGAAGGCUUCUCCCAUGGUAGGGUAAUAUGGGUAGAUCCGACUCCGGGUAGGAGGACCAACAGAGCAUCCACCUCUUCUUCUUCUCAAGUCGAAAGUAGAGAUGCUACUUCCAUUCUGACACUAGUGGUCAGUAUUUAA